UUAGAGAAAAGGAAAAAAUGGGGAGAGGAAAGCUUGUGAUACAAAGAAUUGAUAAUACAACAAGCAGACAAGUAACGUUUUCGAAACGAAGGAGUGGAUUAAUUAAGAAAGCGAGGGAGCUUUCAAUACUUUGUGAUGCUCAAGUUGGAUUGAUUAUAUUUUCAAGUACUGGAAAACUCUAUGAAUUUGCCAACACCAACAUGAGAUCAGUGAUAGAGAGAUACCAUAAUACACAUGAUUGUGUUCUACAACCAACUUCGGCUGAUGAUCUUAAGUUUUGGCAAAGGGAGGCAGCACAGCUUAGGCACCAACUGCAGCUUUUAGAAGAGAGCCACAGAAAACUAAUGGGUGAAGAUCUUUCAAAUUUGAGCAUCAAAGACCUCCAGAGUUUAGAAAAUCAAUUGGAAGCUAGUUUAAAGGGUGUCCGAAUGCAAAAGGAUCAACUUCUAGCAGAUGAAAUUACAGAUCUGAAGCGAAAUGGAGGUCUUACACGUCAAGAAAAUAUUCAACUUCAUCAGAAGCUUCACAUUGUAAAACAAGAAAAUUCGGAUCUUAGAAACAAGUUGAACGGGACAUACAAGGAGCAUCAAGCAUAUCAACGACCACACACGUCAAUAAGUGUUCAAAGUGAGCGUUAUGUACCAGUUCGUCUUCAGCUAAGCCAACCACAACCACUCAACAUUGAUGCAUCAGCAAGAACUACGACGAAGCUAGGGUUACAAUUGCAAUAGCAAAGACAAAUCGACCUCUUUCAAGUCUUGACUCGAGAACAAAUUACAUAGAGAGUUACCACAUCAACUACACAUCAUUUAUUUGAUGCUCGAUCUUGUUGUAUGAUAUCCAUUUAGCAUUUUUCGAUUGUCAUUGUAGGAGAUUUAAGAGUAAUUUACACGAAACUACGUACAAAAAUACAAAGUACUAAUAUAAUUAAGUAUAACUUAUGUAACACCAACUAGUACAUGUUGAGUUUACUGAAUAGCUGAACUUAUGAAAUUCCAAACAAUUGCGCUUUUCUAGCUAGCUAGAUUAUUUCGAGUUCGAUCAUUGGAGAAGAGAUUGGUUUUAUAUAUAUGUUCAUGAACAUGCUACAGUAAUGGAGUUAGAAUGUUUAUACAAUUGAA